GAGCGUUCUGAGCAUUGUGUUUACUUGGAUUGCGUCAAUCUUGGAUCGCCAUGUUGCCAUUCGAGACGACAAAUAUUUUUGAACAAUUGCCUCGGUUUGUUUUUAAAAUGCCACGAGUGGUGCCGGAUCAAGAAAGUAAAUUCCAGUCGGAUGAGCUGUUCCGGAGGUUAUGCAGAGAAAGUGAGGUGAGGUACACAGGCUACAGAGAUCGACCACUCGAAGAGCGACAAAUGAGGUUUCAAAACGCCUGCAGGGAGGGACGAACAGAAGUUGCUUUCAUCGCGACGGGUACAAAUUUACAGUUAGUAUUUAGUCCCUGUGCCAAUGGUUAUAGCGAAGGCUGUGAUUUUAACAAAGAACAAGGAAAGGUGCACAUCAAAUCCGGUUUUAUCAUGAAUGGUGUGUGUGUUCGGUGGCGCGGUUGGCUCGAUCUAGAAAGGCUCGAUGGUGUUGGCUGCUUAGAAUACGACGAGGAAAGAGCGCAGGUAGAAGAUGCCGUGUUGCGUGAGCAGAUCGAGCGGUAUAAUCAGCGCGUGCGUGACUUCGAAGAGAAACAGCGCAUCUUCCGAGCGCAACACGACAGGCACGUUGAAGCCCCAGUGGAGGUAAGGCCCAACAGGGUCGGAAGAAACAGAGUGAAUUAAGUCCGGAUAGAGCGGGGUCAGCAAGCAACUAAACACUUUCUCUCUCUCUCUCGUACUUUUAAUUUCCUUCCGG